AUGGAGUGUGGAGAGGUAGCAAGCGCAGAGGCUGGUUUGGGCCAGGGCAGCUCAGUGCCCCCAGCCCUCAUGGACAACCCCCAGGCCAGGCUGACUGUGGUGGCACGGGAGUUAAUAUACAGUCCAUCCUUCUCAGGCCCUGAGGACACAUGUUGCCCCACACUGCUUCUGGAGGGGCCCCAGAGCAUCUGCCUGCUUCAGCCGGAGACUCUAGACUCUCAGGAACAAUGCAUCACCUUUGACAGAGUCCUGGGCUCUGAUGCUGCUCAGGAGGCUGAGCAGGAGCUGCUAGCACGAGUCCAGUCCACACUAGGCUUGGUGGCCCGAGGGUACAGUGUGUCCCUACUGCUUCGGGGUCGGGAAACAGAGACACCUCGGCUUGUACCUCAGCUGUUGCAGAUGCUGUUUGAGGAAACUCUGGCCCACAGGGGCGCUGUUCCUGGGGUUAGCACCCUUAGCCUGGUGCAGCUCAGCCCCAGUGGGAGGACUCAGGACCUGCUCUCUCCAGGGAGAGAGAACCUAUCGGUGUUAGACGUGUCCCCUUUGGGCUUGGUGGUAGAAAAUGCCAGUGAGGUGGAGGUGUCCGACUCAAGAGCUGCCUCAGAGCUGUACUUACAAGCUGCAGGGGAUGAAGGCAGGGCCUGCUCUCUGCUCACUGUCACCAUGUCCUGCCCAGGGCCUGACCCUCCCGAGGGGCCUGGGACCCGGGGUAUGUGGCGAGGGGCCUUGAGGAUCCUGCAGCUCCCCAGAGACCUAGAUUGCCCCCUGCUGCAGGUGUUGGCUGGUAAGGUUAUUGGUGAGGAGGUAGAGGGCUCUCUGCCCUGGAUUGUGUCAUGGCUCCUGGAAGGAAACAACUACACUGGUCUUCUUCUUCGCCUGGACCCUCAAGGUGGCUCCCUGAGCUUACUCAGAGCUGCUCUGUUGGGGGCCUCGGGAAGGAGGAUGCAGGUGAAACAGGUGAGGCCUACCCAGUGGGAUGCAGUAGAAGAGGCACGGGCCCGCCGGGCAAACCUGAAGAGCCUGCGUUCAGGCCUCCUUGGGGACACCCUCACAGAAAGUGGGCUCAGCCAGCUGGGCAGGGCACUGCGAGAGUUGCGGGUGGUAAAAGCCUGGAGCCAGUGCCCAGGAAGCCAGAUGCUCAAAGGGGUCAAAGCUGAGGCUGUGGGGCUCCCAGAACUACAGGUGAUAGAUUCAACAGCAAGCCACAGCCCAGGCUUCCAGGGAGAGCCCAAAGUAGGAGUAACAGCAUCUCUAGGACCUGGGCUCCACCAAAAGCAUCCUCCUAGGCACUCUGAGGAACAGGCCUGGCACGCCCCAGAUGUGGCCCUGCAGUUCUUCUUGGCCCAGGCACAGAGGAAGAGACUUCAAGAACAGCACCAGAUAUGGAUCCAAGAGGAACUGAAGCGGUUGGAACAGGAGGAGGAAGAGGUGGAAGGUGACCAGGUCAAAGGCCUGGUGGCCGGAAAGGAGGCCUUCGAGAGGCAGAGAUGGCACCGGGAGCAGACACUAUGGAGACUCCAGAUGGAGGCCCUUCAGGCAGAGCGGGACACUGCAGAGCAGGACCUCAUGGCCCUCUAUGACGUGCACGUGCAGGCUGCCCGGGCUCGGACAUGCCAUACACUGCAGGUAUUUCGAGCCUGGCGAGGGCUGUGGGAGGAGCAGACCAUGACCACAGAACAUCACCACCGCAGCCUGCUGGCUGGUAUCCUGCAAGACACGCUCCAACUGGCCACACAGAACCAGGAGCUUCAAGCCCAGAACCAGCAGCUUCAGCAGGGUAUAGGCUAGGCUGGGGCCAGUCGUGCUGGAUGGCUGCCCUGGGAAGAAGUCUGGUGAUCAGUAGUCUUUCGGGGUCAGCUGCUUCUCUCUUCAUUCUUCACUGUCCCAGAAGGGAGAGGGAGCUGGGAUAACUACGUUAACCUUCACUAUGGAUAAUGAACGAUACCACUAACCAGGUCUCGUUGUGUCAGUCCCUGCUAGGUACCUAAUAUCCACCUCUUCAUUUUAGCCUUUUUCACUACCCUAUGUAGUAGGUGCCACUUGACCCCCAUUUCAGAGGUAAGGCAACUAAAGCUAGGAGAGGUUAAGUAACUGCCCAAGGACAAGUCUGCUAAGUCACAGAGCCAGAAUUCAAAUUCAAGCCUGUUAGAACUAUAGUUCUACACCGCACAUGUGGUGGUUCACAAACUGAAGUGUGCAGCAGAAUCACUUAGAGAGCUUAUUAAAGAAAAAAGAUUCCCAAACCCUACUCUCCCAGAUUCUUCAAUAGGUCUGCAGUGUGCGUGUGCGUGUGCGUAAGCUUACUAGGUAUGCUCCCAUGGGAGCAAGGCCUGAUGUUCCUCUGGCCAUGAGAAGAGAUGGCAGGAAGGAGUAUCAGUGAGGGAACCAGAGGAAAUAAGAAUCAAAACCAUAUUGAAUCCAUGAGUUCUCUAGCCUAAAACUUGGUUUGUCCUGCCAGGCCCAGCCAGGACCUUCUAUUCCCAAGAGUCCCUCCAAAUUCUCCAGGGCCCAGGUUUCGUGCUUUAGAGAAAUUUGAAAAGUUGUGACAGAACAGUCUCCACUCCAUGGAGCCCUCAAAGGAAAUAAUGCUCCUAGCAAUAGAUAGAAGUCUUUUCUC